UAACACCUAUCCGCAUUCAAGCUUAUACUGUAUUUUGCUUCAGUCAAAUUGAUCAAUACAAAAACAGCAUCACUCCAUUUCUAUCGAUUGAGAAAUUCAACCUCAACGAAGGAUAGAGAGAUGAAGAUGGGGUUGGUGAUCUAUGCGACCUUGAUCUUAACAAUGGCGGCAAUCUCUCGUGGACAACAGUUGAGCUCAAAAGAAUGCGAGAAUUUGGGAUUCACUGGUCUUUCUCUCUGCUCCGAUUGCAAAACUUUGUCAGAGUAUGUCAAAGACCAAGAACUGGUAUCUGACUGCUUAAAUUGCUGCGUGGAGGAUUCUGAUGAUUCAAUGAGCAAGAUUACCUAUGCUGGUGCACUGUUGGAGGUCUGCAUGAGGAAACUGGUCUUCUAUCCUGAGAUUGUUGGCUUUAUAGAAGAAGAGAACGACAAGUUUCCUUCGGUCAAAGUUCAAUAUUCUUUCAACUCGCCACCGAAGAUGAUUAUGCUAGAUGACAAUGGUGAACAUGCUGAAACAAUUAGAAUUGACAACUGGAAACGUGAACACAUCCUGCAAUUUCUUCGGGGGAAGCUCAGAUCUGCUGCUAGUUAAUUGGGUGACAGGAAGCUAGAUGUUGUCAAAUCAUUUAUUGCUUUAGUGAAAAUUUUGAUCCUUUGUUGCCGAAAGAGUACGGCAGGUUGAUCUUGAUCAAUAUUUGACGUGCUUCUAGGUUGAUGAAAUCUUUUUUUUUUUUUUUUUUUUUAUGAUAAUUGUUCUUAUACCUAUCUAAUUUGAUACUUCUGUAUUAUGAAUUGAAAUCCACACUGAAACAUAGAGUAAUUUUCUUCCAUUCUUGACUUCUUGA